UGUCAAAGCCUCACGCCCUGAAGCCUUCCAGACCUCAACACAGGUCUUCCCCCACUCGCUCCCAGAAGAUGACAAGUGCACCCUUGUCAUCUAGGAGCCUGGGUUGACAGACUCAUAGAAAGCGGGAGUUGAGGCACGGACACCGCGACUCAACACGUCCCUGCUGGAAGAGUUGCGGAGCUUCCAGUUUCCCAGCCCACGGAAACGUCAGGGGCGCGCAGAGCGGCUGCUGCGGGGCGGAAGUGCAUCCCCGGAGCCGUUCUAGGAAACCGGGAGGACCCUGCGCGUCAGUGGUCAGGGACGCAGUGGGUUUCGCGGGGUGCAUCGGGACGUUGCAGCAAGCUGCCUGGCCCCGCCCGGCCCGGCGAAGAUGGGGUGAAUUCGGGCGAGAACAGCAGACGGGAAAGCUGGGACGGGCAUGGGGGCGUGGGCCGGCCGGCCACCUGUUCCUCCCGCGAGUGCGGCUCGCGCGGAUUGGCCGCAGUGCCGCCCGGCACCGGAAGUGGCCGGCGUGGGUCGCCCGUGACACCAGACAACAGCUGCGGUUCUGUGCGCUCAGCGGUGCAGCGCCCCGGGCCCAGCGGAGCGAGCGUGGGCGGCAUCCGCCAGCGGUUGUGAUAUGGGGACUGAGAAAAAGGAGGCGCUUCCCAAGGAAGAAGCUUCUGAGGACUGUGAGCCACAUGGGCCAACAUCGGGACGACUGGCACAGGAGGCUUGCCAAGGGCAUGAGUUUUCAUCCGCAAGUGAGGAAGACAUAUUAGAGGGACAUUUGAGAGAGUCCUCGAAAGAGAUUAUAGAACACAUGUAUCCUCAGGAGAGAGACUUUGCAUCAGGGUUAAUUAUCUUCAGGAAGUCGUCCUUAGGUGAGAAAGACCAGAAAAACAGUGAGAGUCUGAGAGGCUUCAGUGCCCACCCGAGUGUACCAAUGUGUCGUGGAGGUGCUACCACUGAGAGGGCCAGCACCUGUGCUGCCUCUGGCCACAGCGUCAUGGAGAGUCUAGCGCUUACUAAAGUACAGGGGACUCCUGUGGGAGAGAAGCCUCACACAUGUAAAGAGUGUGGGAAAGCUUUUAAUCAGAACUCACAUCUCAUCCAGCACAUGAGAGUCCAUAGUGGAGAAAAACCCUUUGAAUGCAAAGAGUGUGGAAAGACCUUCGGGACCAACUCCAGCCUUCGAAGGCACCAGAGAAUUCAUGCCGGAGAGAAGCCCUUUGCUUGUACUGAGUGUGGCAAGGCCUUCAUUCAGAGCUCACAUCUGAUCCACCAUCACAGAAUCCAUACUGGAGAAAGACCUUAUAAAUGUGAAGAGUGUGGUAAAGCCUUUAGUCAGAACUCAGCCCUUAUUCUGCACCAGAGAAUCCACACCGGAGAGAAACCAUAUGAGUGUAACGAGUGUGGGAAGACCUUUCGGGUUAGCUCUCAGCUCAUCCAGCAUCAGAGAAUUCACACAGAAGAAAGAUACCAUGAGUGUAGUGAGUGUGGCAAAGCCUUCAAGCACAGCUCUGGCCUCAUCAGACAUCAGAAAAUCCACACAGGAGAAAAGCCCUAUCUGUGUAACGAAUGUGGGAAAGGCUUUGGUCAGAGUUCAGAGCUUAUCCGCCAUCAAAGAAUCCACACAGGGGACAAGCCCUAUGAAUGCAGUGAAUGUGGGAAAACUUUUGGCCAGAACUCAGAGAUUAUUAGACAUAUCAGAAUUCAUACCGGGGAGAAGCCCUAUGUGUGCAAAGAAUGUGGGAAGGCCUUCAGGGGUAACUCUGAGCUCCUGAGACACGAGAGGAUCCACACUGGGGAGAAACCCUACGAAUGCUUUGAGUGUGGGAAGGCUUUCAGGCGGACCUCUCAUCUGAUUGUCCACCAGAGAAUACACACUGGUGAGAAACCCCAUCAGUGUAAUGAGUGUGCAAGAACCUUCUGGGAUAGUUCUGAGCUGCUGCUUCACCAGAAGACUCAUAUCGGAGAGAAGCCUUACGAGUGUAGCGAGUGCGAGAAAACGUUCAGCCAGCACUCCCAGCUCACUAUCCACCAGAGAACUCACACUGGGGAAAAGCCAUACGAGUGUCAAGAGUGCCAGAAGACCUUUAGUCGGAGCUCCCACCUCCUCCGGCACCAGAGCGUUCACUGUAGCGAGUGAUCUGCAAGCCAGGAAGGUGGAGUGGGAAGGCCGGAGGCAGACUUCUCCAUUGCUCUGUACCCAGGCUGUAGGGUCAGAUGAAGGGCCAGGGCCUCCCCUGCCCAUCCACUGAGUGUGUGUCAGCUGUCAGCUGAAAGUGAUGAAGCAGUUUUGUGAACUAUUUAUUGAGAAGUUUCAGUGUACUAAAUUAAAUCAUAAAAGUUGUUUGAGGCCUUAAGCCUCCUUUGGCCUUUCCUUCCUUCCUUUCUGUCUCCACAGGGGUCUGUACACAUGUCUAGCCUAAAUUGUUGUUGUUCUUUAUGAAAAGUGGGGACAGGAUUCACCAUUCCUAAGAACCAGAGAGUUGUCUCUCUUAAACGUUAGAAAGUUAUAACCUAUCCUGUCCACUGCGUAGCUUUGGACUACUUUAGUUAACUUUUCCGUCUGUUUCUUUUUUUAAGCUUCAGAAUCUCCCAGCCAUAAUGAACAUGACAACAUUAAUAAAAAGCAGGAAACUUGCAUUUUUUCACACCUCCUGAUAGGUUCCAUAUUUAUCUAAAGAGGUUUCUUUGAAAAGGAAAAAGUUUACAGGAUUGGAACCAAAAGCCUGAAAACCCAGAGGAGGAUGGAGAAAGAGCAGAAGCCGGGUACUGAGCAUGGGCAGAAGGGGCUUGUUAGCAGCUACCUCUCUUCAGUGCUGUGUGCAGACGGCCCAGGCGCCUGCCGCAUGCCCUUGGUCCCAGCUCCUGCUGUUGUACUCAUCCUGUCAGGAAGUAGUGAGCAGGAUCCUGUGGCCUUUCCCUGCCAGACUGCUGGCCAUGGUGGUGAGCUGGAUAACCCAGCUAACCAGGCCCGGUCCUUCCAACAUUGAGCUCUCAUGACCACCCAGCUGGGGGCUCUGGGUAAUAGAUGGUAUGUGACAGCCUUUUUGGCUUGUCAGAUGGUCGUAGAAUUCUUUUUUCAACAUCUCUACAUGUCUUCUGUGUCCUCCAUUUCUCAUGUUUCCAUAUUUGGGGUAGGUAGUGGGAACAGCAAUGGCACUAAAGAGAACCUGGGAGCUUGGGCUCUAGUCUGAGAGCUAUCCGUUCAGGAAGGCCCUUCAGUUCCUCCUGUCUGGUUCUCUCAUCUGCAGAGUGAGGUCUCAGCCAGCCUUGAGAAAAUAGACUAAUCAAUGAUCUAAUAGACUAAUCAAUGAUCUUUUCAGCACUUGUGUUUAACAAGUCUGUGGGCUAGGCAAGCAUUCUACCACUAAACUAUGGCCCUAGCCCUACUCCCCCCCCCACCCCCCCCCGCAAUCCCCUACUUAAGAGACUGAAAGAAUCUUGAUGAGUUGUCCAGGCUGAUCUUUUACUCACUGUGUAGCCCAGACAGACCUCAGAUUUUUGAUCCUCCUGCUUCAGCUCCCUAAGUAGUUGGGAUUACUAACACUUGUCUGCACACCAGGCUUCUGAUCAUUACUAUUUAUUAUUAACUAUGUCCCAGGCAGUGUCCCGUCAGCUUACAUUUAUUUCUCAUGAUAUGUCUAUGGUGUGGGCACACCUUUUAAAACUAGCUUUAUUUAGGUACAGCUUACAUAUCAUAGGGUCCAAGGUGUUACGUGUUCAGCUGAGUGACUUUUAGUAAAUUACAGAGUUUCGAUAUUUUCCUCAAUAAAGUGUUCUGGAGCCAACUUAAAGAUGAAUGAGUUUGGCGGGGCAGGGAGUAUUAGGUGAUUUACCUGUGAUGGUAUAAGUCUAGAGCUAAGACUAUUGGCCACUGUUGUAUUAGCCACUGUACUGUGUACAGGCUGAUUCAUAGCUGCCUAAUUUUAAAGACUUUGCACCCCUUCUUGUUUUCCCUUCCCAGUCACCACCUAGAUUUUAAUAUAAAGAAUUUAAACCAUUCUUUGCAGAUGUAACUUGCCACAGCCCAGUCCUGCAGAGCAGGCUUGUUCUGUACCCUGACAGCAGUUCUCAGGUUUAUACACCUGCCUUGAGAAAAGGCUGAUCAUUCCAUUUCCCAGCUCUGCAGGUAGCUCCACUGGGUCAGUGUCUGGCAGGGGAGGUUCCCUGGCUGCCCUGGGGCGUGGCUUCACCCCUUACUGGUGUUCGCUCAGGCUCAAAGUGAGCUGUGUUCACACCGUCUUUCUCACAUGACAUCAGAGCAUCGCCCACCGCUUUAACUUCUGGUUUCUGUGUUGCUGUAUUUUACUUCCAAAUUCAUCCCUUCCCAUCCUCAUAUAGAACCAGCACCUUAUAAACCCCAUUUAUAACGUGAUUGAAUAAUUACAAUAAAAGUUAAAAAGCCAAGUGAAACCCUAUCUGAAAAGGACAUCAGCACUCCUCAGACUCCCCAAAGGAAGCUUGCACAAAACACUCGAGAGCACUAAGGACCUCACUGCAGGUGAGCAUGCUGUGGAGGGUAAAGGUUCACACUGUCCCUGCAGGUGAGCAUGCUCUGGAGGGUGAAGGUUCUCACUGUCCCUCCUGUUAGACGGAAUUCUCAGAAGUCCCUUCGUGUUGAAACCGGUGGUGCAGGGUUUGCUUUAUUCUGUUUGAGACAGAGUCUCUGUGUACCCCUGGCUGGCCUAACGCUUAUUAUGUAGACCAGGCUGAUCUUGAAAUUGGAGAUUCACUUACCUCUGCCUCUCUGUGGUAGGAUUAAAGAUGUGGACCACCAUGCCUGGCCCUUUUUAGGGCUCUGUCAGUUUGGGCUGUUAUUGUUGUUUUGGUUUUUGUUUUUGAUAACCAAAUCCUUCUACCCAAGUUCAGCACGUUAUUACUUUUUUCCUUCCUUUGUCUCUUUCUUCUUUCUCUCUUUUAGACAUGUCUCAGAUAUCCCAGACUAUGAGCUCCAUUUGUAGCAGAGGAUGACCUUGAACAUCUGAUCCUCUUCCCCCCAGAGUGCUGGGAUUACAGUUGUGCACUGCCAUACCCAGUUCAUGCGUGCUGGAGAUCCAACUUAGGGCUUUGGGCAUGAUAGGCAAUCACCACUGGGCUCUGUUCUCUUCUCCUUAAACCAUCACUUCUUAGUAAAAGAGAAGGCCCUUUAUUCAAGCUCAACUCAUUCACUUGAACAUUAGCGACAAUUUUUUGUUGGACCUUACAUGCUUGGAAGAGAAUGAAGGCCUCAUGUUUCUAAAAGAAUCUGUGUGCAUGUUGCCUGAGAGGAAUUCUGGUUGACGAAAUAGUCUUCAUCUUAUAUUUGCCAUACGUAUGUCCUCUGUCCUAGUCUGUUGAUCCCUCUACCUGUCACUUGGUUGUUUCAGGGAGAUUUCUCCAUUUCCCUCAUUUGGUCUCCUUCCCCUUCAACUCACCCUGGUGUCAAACGUCCCACUAUCGCUGUGGCUAGCAGUCAUAAUUCUAUGCAAGGAGAGUCCUGCCAAAGACAAGUCACGAGUUAACUUCAGACCCACUCUCAAGAAAUAAUGUAGGCCUUUCAGUCUGAAAGCCGUUAACUGCCCAGAGAAAUUCUGCAUAAUCUUCGAAGGUAUGUCAACACCUGUUUUCUCCCUUCCCUAACAUUUUAAGCAAAUAAAGUACGUCUUUGCAGAUGUCUCCAUA